GGUGUGAGCGCGGACCCGACUCUCCGCGGGGUGACUGGCUUCCUGCUCUUCCUCCUCAUCGUCUCAACCCUCCUGGGCAACACCCUGGUCUGCUCGGCUGUCAUCAAGUUCCGCCACCUGCGGUCCAAAGUCACCAACUUUUUCGUCAUCUCGCUGGCCGUGUCCGAUCUCUUCGUGGCGGUGCUGGUGAUGCCCUGGAAAGCGGUGACCGAGGUGGCGGGCCGCUGGCUCUUCGGCUCCUUCUGUGACACCUGGAUCGCUUUUGAUAUCAUGUGCUCCACCGCCUCCAUCCUCAACCUGUGCAUCAUCAGCCUGGACAGGUACUGGGCCAUCGCCAGCCCCUUCAGGUACGAGCGCAAGAUGACCCAGAGGGUGGCUUUCGUCAUGAUCGGGGUGGCCUGGACCCUGUCCAUCCUCAUCUCCUUCAUCCCCGUGCAGCUGAACUGGCACAAAACCGAGGCAGAUCUGCUCAGAGAGCUGGAGGGCGAGGACCGCAACGCCACGCGGAGUUGCGACUCCAACCUGAGCCGAACCUACGCCAUCUCCUCCUCCCUGAUCAGCUUCUACAUCCCGGUGGCGAUCAUGGUGGGGACCUACACCCGCAUUUACCGCAUUGCCCAGACCCAGAUCCGGAGGAUCUCGAGUUUGGAGAGAGCGGUGGAACACGCCCAGAACUGCCAGGACCAGCCCGCAGAUUGCCCGCACGAAGCGGCGCUCAAGACCUCUUUCAAGAAAGAAACCAAGGUCCUGAAGACCCUGUCCAUCAUCAUGGGGGUGUUCGUGUUUUGUUGGCUCCCCUUCUUCGUGGUGAACUGCCUGGUGCCUUUCUGUGAGCCCGGCCUGGACCAGGACGGGGAGCUGCCCUGCGUCAGCGAGACCACCUUCAACAUCUUCGUGUGGUUCGGUUGGGCCAACUCGUCCCUCAACCCCGUCAUCUACGCCUUCAACGCGGAUUUCAGGAAGGCUUUCGCCACCAUCCUGGGCUGCGCCCGCUUCUGCCCCAGUAACUCGGUGGAGGCUGUCAAUUUCAGCAACGAGCUGGUGUCCUACCACCACGACACCACGUUGCAGAAGGACGCCAACGCCGCCAGUCUCCCCAACCAGCUGCCCCACCCGGCCGGAGAGCCCCGGGUACCCGAGCCCCCCUUCGGCAAAGCCUCGGGCAUCUCGUCGCCCCCCACCCCCAGGGAUGGCAGGAACCUGCUGCUCCCGGCAGGGGCUCAGUUCGAGUGCGAUGCGGAGAUCACCCUGGACACCAUCACGCCCAUCACGCCCGCGGGACCUAUCGACGCGGGCGCGGUUCACGGGCGGACGCAGCAUUUACAGUCGCCGACUCUAUUCGAGCACCGGGCGCUCGAAGGUCACGGCUGCAACACCGCGACGUACGGCGCCGAUACGCUCUCCGACUGGGGACCCUCACCUGCUGAGGACUGGGGACCCUCACCUGCUGAGGACUGGGGACCCUCACCUGCUGAGGACUGGGGACCCUCACCUGCUGAGGACUGGGGACCCUCACCUGCUGAGGACUGGGGACCCUCACCUGCUGAGGACUGGGGACCCUCACCUGCUGAGGACUGGGGACCCUCACCUGCUGAGGACUGGGGACCCUCACCUGCUGAGGACUGGGGACCCUCACCUGCUGAGGACUGGGGACCCUCACCUGCUGAGGACUGGGGACCCUCACCUGCUGAGGACUGGGGACCCUCACCUGCUGAGGACUGGGGACCAGCACCUGCUGAGGACGGAGAGAGACGCGAAAGGUUGACCCUCGGAUAUGCUGCAAGUGAUUUAAAAUCAACCCCAGGAGCGACUUCGCAUUGUCUUCGUAAAGUGGUGGAAACUUUCUUUUGA